GCAGCACAACAAGGAAGUGUUCCGAGUCACCAGCUCAACCCGUUUGAUCAGAACGAGCAUGUCGACCAAUGUUUUCCUUGUAAGGAUGCCUGUUGAAAACCUGGAGGAGAGGACACUGGAGGUGCUGGAUCUGCCUGAAGAAGUUGAUGAGGAGCUGCUCUUUCUGUACUUUGAGAACAAACGGCGCUCCGGGGGAGGUCCACUCGUUUCUGUGGAGAAGAAGGCCGGCCGAGCCUUACUGGUGUUUGAAGAGGCAGAAGCUGCAGCUCGAGUGCUGGAUAAUGGCCACCAUGUUCUGCAUAAUGCAGAGCUGUGUGUGAGGAAGCCGGCCACAAAAGACCCAUGUAGACUCCUGCUGCGAGGGAUCAACCCAAAGACCAGCGUCGAGAUGAUUGAGCUUUUUGUGGAGAAUAUGAUGAAUCUGGAUGACUACAGUCUGCAUCCGUCACCUGGGAGAGACCUCAUCCUCAUUCAUCUUAGCCAACCCUUCUCUAAAGAUUUCCAAAGCGUUAGUGCUAAAAUCUCCAAGAGGACCCUUGAUGGAGCCAAGUUAACUCUCGAACAGGUUGAACAAACGGACUCCACAAACGGACUGCACCCUGGCUACUGUCCUUCACAAAUUAUCAAAGUAAGUUUUGUAGAAUACUAUUCUGUUGACAUGGUUUUGGAUCAGCGCCACAAACUGGACGGAGCUGAUCUUGAAGUCAGGGCGUUCUUCGACUUUCUUCAACCUGCACAGAGUUUAACAUCACAAGAGUCUGCAGUAGAAGCCCGAGACACAACUGAGAGAAACAACGAGGACCUGAGGGACCUGAGGGAUACCCCCAUGCAGACUAGUCCUCCUAUUGUCGCCAGCGCUAACAGCCAGUCGUCCUCCGGAAUGGCUUCGGGGUCCCUUGCUGGCCAUGCCACUGUAGAAGUGGAUGCAGCCGAGGAAGAAGAAGAAGAAGAAGAAGAAGAAGAAGCACCAACAAGCCAUAUUCCUAUUGCGGAGCCAUCAAAACUAGCUUUGUUUCAACUCAGCAGCUUUAAACAAGACACUGAAAAGGCUCAUCCAAAUUUCACCAUCCAAAUCAAAGACAAUGGUGUGCACAUUGCAGGUGCUGACAGACAAACGAUAGAGCAGAUAAAAGGCACAAUCUUGGACUUUUUUGGCAAAGCUGAGAGUCAUUUCACCCUUGAGCCAGAGAUGGCUAAUUUCCUCGCCAGAACAGAUGUCAAAGAGCGUCUAGAGAAAGCAAUGAAUGCAUCUGGGUUAUCCUCUAUUUACACCGUUUCCGACUGUAAUGUUUUGGUAACCUCCCUAAGUCAGAACUCCGCGAACCAGGGGUGUAGCUUUUUGAAAUCACAGAUUUGUCACUUCAGCACUGUGGUCUCCGAAUAUGAGUGCAUGUUCUAUUGCAGGGAGUGGACUGAGUUCCUGCAGUCUCUGAGUUUCACCUCUGUAAAGGUGUCGGAACGAGAAAGGGACAUCGAUGUGUUAACUCUGAAAGAGAUGGAGAGUGAGAAGCAGACUGCAAUCAUAGGGUUUCUUACUACACCCAUUGAAAGGGAGACGAUCAUCCCUAUGGAACCGGACAUGCUGAAAUACAUCCAGAACCAUUGUCAUCAGCUGAUGGCUGACAUGGACCAAGUGUCCAUUUUCCCACUGGAAGCAGAAGACGUUUGUGGGUUAAAGAUCCAUGGCCCUGCCAUUGCCUGUCAAAUGGCUGAGGAGGUGUUGCAAGGUAUCGUUUCCUCCACCCUCACCAAAACCAUCACCUUUAGUGCUCCUGGAAUUACCCGCUUUUUAGUUGUAGAGGACUGCAAGAGCAUCCUAGAGGAGAUGCAGAGAAAGUUCCAGGUCUAUAUCAAUAUCCAGCAUGUGCCCUGGGAACCACUGCGAAACCAGAACAUUCUUGAAGCUGCAUGGACACUGAUGUCGCACAAAAACUUCCAGAGAAUGUCUCCGGGUGGUUCUUCACAGGAGUUAAAAUCCGAUUCAAUGCAAACUGAUCAUGAUGAAGCUGCAGGCAAAGGCCUUUUAGAUGAGGCAAAGAGAAUUGUCUCAGCCAUUGAUGAAAGACCCCAGGAGGCGGUGUCUAAUUCAGACACAGUCAAUGAUGUGGAUGAAGAGGAUCUGUACACAGCUGAGGCACCAACUACCCCUGCAGACCAGGACCAGGGUUUGAUGGUUGUCGAUGCUCCCCUGCUCUCGCCCGAGGAGAAUGCUACUGGUGGGUGUCCCCAGCUGAACGAUGAUGAUGAAGCUCUGGGCCGCUCCAUGGAGCUUGAAGAAGAGGCACAACUGUCUUUAGCCAUCCAGUACUCUAUGGAGACAAGCCAUUGGUCCGUGGAGGAUGAGGAGGAACAGCUACAAAGAGCCUUGGAGCUAUCCAAGACAAUGGUUCAACAUGAAGUUUCCUCUAGUAGUACUGACAAAAGCCCCAAAGUAGGCAAAAUAAGCAAGAACAUGAAUACUGUAAUACAGGACGCCAUGAAGGCAGCCAGCACAAUACAUCUGCAUGUGUUUGCAGCUUAUACUUCUGACCUGAGUAGGGUGGAAAUAGCCUUCGGGAAGAAGGUUUCCUUGAGACAGGUAGAGGAGAGAGUAGAGCACCGGGCUUUAAGGAAACUGUCUAAGUACCACAGGAAUUGUCUCGAGUUGAUCAAGAGAAAGCAUGCUGUCGAGAUUCAGCUUCAGGGAACCAUAAUCACUGUUUCGGGCUUCAAGGAUUUUGUGCCUGGGGGAAUUUCGGAUGUGAACCUGCUGCUGGAACAAAUUUCCAACUAUGUACCCGAGCGUGAAAUCCUGAAAGCUGUUCAGUGGCUGCAUCAUGACCCAGACUCUUCAGACAUGACUCCGUACUCGCCGGAUGCUACCGUGUUCAUUGAGAAUAUUUGGAGGAAGAAGCAGACAACGGUUGACAUUUUGCUGGACAAUCAGCCCCACACCCUGGACUUUGAGAAGAUGCAAGAAUGCAACAUAGCUACUGGGAAAUCCGUGAAAAUCUUCAGGAAAAUUAUCGAUAUAGGGGAUGUGGAAGACGAUGUGCCAGAAGAGGAAUACUCUCUGCUGUCCAACCUUCCUGAGGCAAGCAAAGUCGACGAGGACUCUGACGAAUUUCAGAAUGUGAUCAAAAGUUUCUAUGAGACCAUACAAGAGUAUCACAGCAAAAUCAGAAUCAUAAAGGUGGAGAAGCUCAUGAAUCGACUCCUGUACAAUCAGUACAAGUUGAAGAAGGCCAGUGUACUGCAGCGCGCCACAUAUCCGGUUAUUGAACGGACACUCUACCAUGGCACAAGUGAGACGAGUGUGAAAGAGAUCUGCGUUCAUGGGUUCAACAGAAGCUUCUGUGGAAAGAAUGCCACCGUCUAUGGCCAGGGGGUGUAUUUUGCUGUCAACUCUGGACUGUCCGUCCAGGAUCAGUAUUCACCCCCAAAUGCAGACGGACACAAAUUUAUUUUUGUGUCCAAGGUUCUAACAGGGGACUACACCAAGGGCUGCCAUUCGAUGAAAACGGCCCCUCUGAAGGAGACCGGAGAUAUUCCCCUUAGAUACGAGAGCGUGACUGACGACAUCACCAAGCCGUCAAUGUUUGUCAUCUUCAACGAUACGCAAGCUUUUCCUGAGUAUCUCAUUACAUGCCAGAGAAUUCACAGAUGAGGAAACGGAUUAGUCGGGAUGAAGAGAUGCCGCUGAUGAGCAUAAAA